AUGUAUUUCACACGAACACUGUCCUCUUCGGACGGAACUUCAAACCACAGUUCCGAGUACUUCCAUCAACCGCAAAAAAAGAGGAACAGCGAGUGGUAUGGAGAAAUUGAUAACAAUUCGUUGACAACUGAUUACCGGUUUUGCUUCUGGAUACUGUCGUUUAUUCUCAACCAACUCCUUUAUAUAAAUCAGACCGGGAUGGACGGAUCUGCUUGGGAAAAGCAGGGUGCCAAAGCACGUUCCAUCAAUUUCAUCCAGAUGACCAUCUAUUCCCCGCCACUUCCUCUCCUCUAUCAGCUGUAA